UGUGACGUUGGGCUCUCUGCUUCGAUUUGCUUGAUCUCGCAUCCGGAUUCGCCGCGACGAAGUGCCUGGACCAUUUUCAACUGUUCCAGUGCUUCCUCGUAGCUGGGUAAACCCGACACCAACGUGUAAGACGGUACCGUACGCUACUGGUAUUUGGAUCAGAAUAUCAAUGGUGGGACCGAAAGCAGGCCAAGGGCUACUUUUUCCCUAUUCGACGAGAAUCUGCAAACCAGAAAUCACGCCAUUACGCUUGUCAUGCCGAUCACGUAGACUUCUAGAAGAACCUCAUCGUCGCCAGAUCGUAUUCCAGGUCCAGUUCGUCUCCUCGGCAAGUACUAUAAAGAGUAUCAAGGAACUCUCGUAAAAGUCGAGCUCGGUCCCAUCAACGAAAUCAGGCAUUACCAAAGAGGCUCAAACAGCAAUGUCAUUUCGCGAGCUACCUGAGGAUCUGAAGUCAGUUGCCAAAUCGGAGCUGAACGAGGACGAAACCCUCUUGGGAAAGGAUGUGAACCAUAUUUUGGAUUGGUUAAAAAAACAGCCGCACAUUAACGCCAGGAAGGAUCCACAAUGGCUGGUAGGCUUUUUACGUGGCUGCAAGCACAGUCUGGAGAGGACGAAGGAGAAGAUAGAUGCCUAUUACACGAUAAGGACCCACUUGCCUGAAUUAUUUGCCGAUCGAGAUCCAAAGUCAUCGAGAAUUCAAGAGAUUCUUGAUCUGGGCACUUAUCUGCCGUUGCCGCUGACUGACAAACCAGAUAGUCCACGGAUUGUGUUGAUUCGAGGCGCCAUCUAUGAUCCGAAUAAAUAUACAUUUUUGGAAAUUUUUACUGUCAAUUUCAUGAUAAUGGAUCUACUGCUGCUGGAGGACGAUCGGCUAGAUGUCGCGGGUCAGGAUACCUUGCUGGACCUAACCGGAGGCAGAGUGGAGCACGUGUCGCAAUUUUCACCAACCGUCAUAAAAAAAGUCGUCACGUGCUUUCAGGAUGCUUAUCCUAUCAGGACCAAGAGCCUACACUUUAUUAAUACACCGACGACCUUCGACCUGGUCUUUGCUAUCUUCAAGAGAUUCAUGAAGGAUAAGCUGAGGCAAAGGAUCAAAGUUCACAGUACUGUUGAUAAAGUUUAUGAUUACAUACCUAAGCAAGUGUUGCCUUCUGAUUAUGGUGGCGAUGGACCAUCUGUUGCAAAAUUGACCAGUCACUGGAAACAGAAGGUACUGGACAACCGUGAAUUCUUUCUGGAGGACGCGAAAUUCGGUGUAACGGAAUCAAAGAGGCCAGGAAAGCCCAUUUCCGGUGCUGAUCUCUUCGGAGUAGAAGGCAGCUUCAAGCAGCUCAGCAUUGAUUGAAUCCCAGCUCUCUGACCAAACAGAGAAAAUAACGUUCCUACGAUUGGCUAUUUUUAAGAAUAUCCGUGGCAUUAGGCAUUAGCUCGGUCAAAACAAUAGACCGAGCACGUGAGAUGCUUGUACCGAAAUAAAAAAGAUAGUCUUCCAAGCCAAAA